AAUAAAAUGGACGAUUCACAGUUAGAUUUGGGAGCAUUAGAAGAUAUUGAUCCAAGUUUAGAAGGGGGAUUUAAAAUACAAUUUGAUCGAGAAAUUCACAUAGAAACAAGGUUGAAUUGAAUGAAUAAUAAUAAAAUUAGAGUUCAAGAUGCAAAUACAGGUCCAUAAGAGAUAGGUACAUUAGAAUUGGUUAGAGUGAAAAUCUUAGUUUAAGUUUGUUAUUUUUUAAUUAAAUCUAGGGUGAAUAGUAAACAUUUGAGAAUUUGAAAAUUGAGUUAACAAGUGAAACAGAUUUAUUUUUCAAUUAUAUAACAAUGUAUCAUUAAAUUUGAAUAUAGAAUAAAUAAGGAGACUUAUAAAAGAAUAAGAGAAGAAUAAAAACUAACAAUUGAAUAUCCUCAAUUUUUAUAAAUGUUGAUCAAAUUGUUAAAUUCAUGUCAUAAAGAACCUAAUCAGUAAAUAUUUAAAAUAAUUCAGCUUUUUUUGUGUUUUUUUCAUGCAAUAAGAUGGAGCAGCAAAAUUAGAUUUUAUUGAAAAUUUAGAAUACAAAUUUAUGGAAAUGUUAUCUUUAGAAUUCAGUUCUGCUCCUGAAGAGACAAUUAGAUAAAAUGUUUCAUUUAGAUAUAAUUUAAUGAAAGCAAAGUUACAAUUUGUAUCAAAUAGGUAUAUAUAUAUAUUUAUUUAUAUAGAUUAAAUGACAUAGCCUCCUUGAUAAAAUUGAAGAAUCCUUCAUUAUUAGUAUAAAUCAAUAAAGCAUCAGCAGGUGUCAGUUAAAAUUAAAGUACUUAGAAUGCAAGUAAAUACUUGGGAUAAUCAAAAAAAAACAAUACAUCAAAAUUUGUUUGAUUUAGCUAAUAUUCAUAUUAACAUCACAG